ACUUAUUAACAUGAUUUGGUAAAUAAACUGCUAUUGAACAGAAAUGAUUGAAAGAGCAGUACACUGGUCGAAGGGGAUUUCAAAUAAGCUAAGGCGACCACACAAUGAAAGCCUUCAUUUAUCGAGAUCUGCAGAAGGCGUAAGGUUAAUUAGAGAAAUAUUGCUGCCAAAUUAUACGACAGAAGAAGCUGAUGUCUUUUAUAAGUUGAUGAGUUUUGCAACAGAAAACCAGAGACUUCCCCGAGAGUGGAAGCGCUUGUUAAGCUACCACAAAUUCGCAUGGUAUGUUCUAUCCCUAAUAGGAAACGUAUACAGCUUACCAACAUGGAAGAAGGAAUUGGUUGCAUGGGUAUUUGUUUGUUGGCAAUGGAAACAUGAAAUGAACCAUCUGAUCAAGGUAUGGAACAGAAUUGCUAAUGAGCAGGAGAGUGGUACAGACGAACAACGUUCCGAUUCGCCUUCACUUGGUAAACUUGUCUGGCGCACCAUUCAGGUGGCAAAUUCAGAUCCUAGUGGAGUAAAAGAACAAGGUAUAUCCCAAAUGAAUUGGCCAAAGCUACAAGAGGCAUUGUAUAAACAAGAUGUUUCAAUGGAAGCUGUGUAG